CACACGAAAAGGCGUAUCGAAACAGAGAAUCGCAGUGCAAUCUUAUCAAGAUGAAGAUUUGUGUUGGAACUACCGUCCUCAUUCUGAUUAUAUUGGCCAUGGUCCAGUUAGUCCAAUCAAUAGGAUUCUUUGGGUCACACGGCUCUGGAAAACAUUCCAUUGGUUUCCAUGCUGACAGCCAAUACAGCGGGGGAAAGAAAUUUGGAGUAUUUCCUCUCCCCAUUGCGAUUGCUACUGGAUAUGGACAUGGAAAUGCUGGAUAUGGACAUGGAAAUGCUGGACAUGGACAAGCUGGAUAUGGACAAGCUGGAUAUGGACAAGCUGGAUAUGGACAAGCUGGAUAUGGACAGGCUGGAUAUGGACAAGCUGGAUAUGGAAAGGCUGGAUACGGUUCAGCCCAUCAUUACCCUAAUGUUGGAACCCAUAAUGCUCAUAAACCCAGUCAUGACUACAAUUCGGGCUACAAAGUCGAACACAAGGUAUUACACAGAGUCUCUCACGACAAAGGAUAUUAGAGCUAUUGUCUACUCUGAAUGAUUUAUCCUGUUAUGCCGAAUUUUUGCUUGUAUAUAUGUCACAUUGGUUUUAUCUUUGUACCAAAACUAAUAGUAUGGUAUUUAACAAAGACAACCGCCAGUGAGCAUGCUUGUGGUGUUUUGUAAAUAAA